CGGCAGGAUAAGGGCGUAUCGUAUCUAUCCAAAGACAAUAUCUCUACCCAAGACCCAGCGCAGGAUGACUUCCACUAAGCCCCUGGGCGGCGUCAACGUCACAUUUCUUGGGACUGCGUCCGCUGCGCCAUCCUCGACGCGGAAUCACUCUUCACUGGCACUACGUCUCGAUGGCGACGUAUGGCUCUUUGACUGCGGCGAGGCUACACAGCACCGAUUGCAGAAGAGCCAAGUCAAGAUGGGCAAGAUUCAGAAGAUCUUCAUCACCCAUACCCAUGGCACGUCGAUCAACACUUGAACUACCAACCCCGGCUCAACUCCGCUCGUCGCAGGGGACCAUAUGUUCGGCGUUGUACCACUUCUAUGCAGUCUACUAAACGGCGCGGGGGGAACUACGGAGGGAGCUGACGACCCAAGGACGAGAGUUGACAAGAGCCUGCCCGUACGUCGCGACGUACCUCGUGAGUGUGCAGGCCCUGACGAUCUUCGGCAGCCAAUAGAGCUAUACGGGCCCCAGGGCCUGCGCGCCU